AUGGAAUCUGGAUCUGGGUUUUCGAUGUUUUCCUCACUUGCUGGUGAUUUUCAGCUCACCACCUUCCCUAAGACAUUGAUGGAAGAAGCUAAGAAGAAUCCAUGGAAGACAGUGAAGGAGUUCCAAUCAGUUGCGAUAGACAAUAUCUUCCCUCUGCUCAUGAUCUCUGUUUUUGGGCCAGCCAGAGGCAGUGAAUACGCAAGAGCCACAUGGAGCAAUACGAAAAUUCUCAGUCGGUCACUCUUCAAGGAUGGGAUGCUCACUCUCGCUGUGACAAAGACGAGUAUAUCCCAGAAAAAACCCAAUACCACGGUGAGAUUAAUUCCCACUCCAAUUCUGAAGCUUAUUAUUUACUACAUCUACAUCGUCAGACAGAUAGAGAAAGUUCUCCUUAACGUUGGUGGGGUUCAGAUAACGACUAAAUUGGAACGUCGUGAUGAGGAGCAGAGAGAACAGGAAGUUGAUGACUACAUUGAUGAUAUAGAUAAAGAUAAAGACUUGUAUUCUCCACUGACUAACCCCACGAUCGGAGAUAUGCUUGACACAUACAUCUUCCUAUAUGGAGACACCAUCCUGAGCAGCACCAAGCGGACUGCUACAAUUAGAGACUUUAUCUCAAGAAACAUUCCAUUCAAAGGAAAACACCAUGUGAGUGGUACGACAGGAAGGGUUUUACGUCAUGUGCUUAUCCACUAUAACCGUCUAAUCAUCACCAAGGACAGUCAAACUCACUCUCUGAUUCAGUUCAUGGAUCCUAUUGAGCUCAGUGCAAACCAUUCUGUACAGACUGGAUUAUCCACAUAUGCAAAGACGGGUAAAGUGAACUACGUUAUCACGGCCUUAGCCAAUUCUUGGGAGCGUUUUCUCUUUGAAACACCACAGGCCCUAGUUGAUCAACUGGCCGUCAAGUACCAUGUUGAUGACUCUAUCAACACCAAAGACUCAUACCAAUUGCUUGCGGUUGGUAAAAUGCUAUAUGGAAAAUCAUUUGAGUACCGGAACGAUACGCAAUGUUCAAUAACUGAGACAUCGUACUUCACAAAUCAAUCCAUUCUGGUGAAUUUGAAGACUGGUUUCGGGAAGACGAUUACAUCGUUGCUUCCAGCUGCUGCUGAUGCGUUGCACUUUAAACACAGACAUAAUCCGAAUCAUCCAGGGGUGAAGCGUACAACAGUGAUACUUGUUCCCUUUGUUGCUUUGCUACAGCAAUACGAAGAAUUGCUUGCGACGAAAUUCAGAGAUGUGCUUACCUUUGUGAAGCAUUCUCCAAGCGAGGACAUGAACCCAGAUACUCUAAUAUCUCAUGACAUUGUUCUGCUGCAACUUGAACACUGUAGAGACGAUGUUUUGCUUUCGUUCAUGGAUCGGUUUGCGAAACCAACAAUGGCCGUGGAUGGCAACUUCCAUGUCAUUUCACGUAUAGUUGUCGACGAGGCUCAUGUCUUGCU